UGUACACACACAUUUGACAUUUAAUUAAUUUCUCGACUCAAAAUAAGCAUAUAAUUAUAUAUGGAGAAAACGAAGAAAGAAUAUUGUUAUGGAACUUGUUUACUGACAUCUAUAGUGAUCAAUAUAUUGCUUACCACAUAUAUUCUACUAGUGCAUAUAUGUAGCGAAAGUGGAUUUUGGUGGGUAGAUAUCAAGCCUUUUCAUCGACGACAUAGGCAUGAGCGAGAAGAGCUUGAGAUUGGUUAUAAAUUGAGUUGGAGUGCGAAAGCAGCCGGUGAGGCAGAAGCGGUCGCAGCAAUAUCGUGCUCUGGACACGGAAGAGCUUAUGUUGACCGUGGUGUUUGCGAGUGCUACAGUUGCUAUACUGGUCUUGAUUGCUCUCAGUUAUCUCCUAAUUGUUCUGCAGAUGCUGAUAGUGGGGAUCCGAUCUUUUUGGAGCCAUUUUGGAUGCAAAAUGCGGCGGAUAGUGCAGUUGUUAUAUCAGGAUGGCAUCGUAUGAGUUAUGUAUACAAUGACAACACCUUGAUGUCAAGUGAGCUCGAAAAGUACAUUCGUAAGAUGCAUUCGAUUGUUGGGAAUGCUGUCACACAAGAAAGAUAUUUGGUUUUUGGUAUUGGCUCAACACAACUCCUAAAUGCAGCAGUUUAUGCUCUUUCCUCACAAAACUCAUCUUCACCUUCCCAUGUCCUUGCUUCAGUCCCAUUCUAUCGGGUGUACAAGACUCAAACAGAGUAUUUCAAUUCAAAAACCUUUAACUUUGAAGGAAAUACGACCUCAUGGAAAUUGAAUAAUUCCUCAAACAACAUGGAUGUAGUUGAAUUUGUAACCUCGCCAAACAAUCCGGAUGGAGAAUUUAAGACAUCCGUUCUAGGUGGAAAGACAAUAUACGAUCAUGCCUAUCUUUGGCCACAUUUUACACCUAUCCCUGGCCCUUCCGAUCAGGAUGUCAUGAUUUUCACUCUUUCAAAGCUUACUGGUCAUGCCGGUGCACGUUUUGGAUGGGCUGUGAUAAAAGAUAAAGACGUAUAUGACAAGAUUUUAAACUACAUCUUACUGGCUGAUUUGGGGAUUUCAAAGGACACCCAAUUAAGAGUUUUGAAGCUACUAAAAGCAGCUGUUAAAGAUGAUGGAAAACCGCUUUUCAAGUUUGCUUAUAAGACAAUGAGGGACCGCUGGGAGAGGUUGACUAAUGUCAUCUCAAAGUCAACAAGAUUUUCGGUUCAACAAAGACAUCCUUUGCACUGCAAUUUCUUCAAUGAAACUAGGCUACCAUCUCCAGCUUAUGCAUGGGUAAAAUGCGAACGAGAAGAAGAUGAAGAUUGUGGUGCAAUACUAGAAGCUGCGAAAAUUAAAGGUCGAGCUGGAAGUGUCUUCGGUGCUAAAGAUCGUUAUGUUCGACUUAGUCUCAUCAAAAGCCAGGACGACUUCGAGUUGCUUAUGCAACGACUCAGUGAACUUGUGCUUGUUGAGAAUGGUAACACCUAAACAAGGAUUGAACUAGUGCUCGCAACCAACUUUGAGAUUUACUUCUUUUAUAUAAUUGUACUUUUGGUCAUUAACUUCCAUUACGCAAUAUCAACCAAAUGCAUACCUUGGCUCCAAAAAGUAAAACACAUGUAAACAUACCAAGUUAGGUUAUAUUUGUAUGAAAUUCAGGUUUGGAUUGUAAGU